AUGGCAGCGAAAAGAAGCAAGGGGGGAUUAGGAUUUAAGGAUCUGCAACUGUUCAACAAAGCUCUGCUGGCUAAACAAGUCUGGAAGUUAAUUACACAACCAAACUUGCUAGUCAGUAAAGUGUUAAAGGAGAAGUACUAUCCUAAGCUAUCAGUUUUCAAUAGCAAGGUGCCUCAGAAUGCAUCGUGGAUCUGGAGGAGCCUAUCUGGGGGGUGCCAACUAAAACUGGUUUCUGAACUGAUUAGGAACAAUAGAUGGAAUAGAGCCCUUAUCUUCAAAACUUUCAACCAUCAAGAUGCUGCAAGAAUCCUGACUAUACCAAUAAGUGUGACAAGAAUAGAAGGCAGCUACUACUGGGCGCAUAAUCAAAAUGGACAAUAUACAGUUCAGUCUGGAUACAAGGCUUGGGUGAAGAAAAAGGAAAUGGAGAUAUCUGGAAGGAGGGACGAAGCUGGAACUAGCCUGGAUGGAACCAUCUCUCAAAUAUGGAGGUCACUGUGGGAGCAGAACGUAAGUCAAAAGAUGAAAAUUUUCAUAUGGAAGUGCUUGCACAGGGGACUACCAGUUAGAGAAGUCAUCUACUCAAGGACUAGGCAAGGAACCCCGAUAUGUGCUGGAUGUGGGGCAAAUGAAGAAACAAUUGAACAUAUGCUACUCCAAUGCCAUAAAGUCAAGGAAAUCUGGGAAAUGGCGCCAGUGAAGUGGGAUGGAAUAGAACACCUGUCAAAUUGCUUCACCAAAUGGUGGUCUGCAAUACAUGAAGCUCAAAUCUGGAAGGCAAGGAACAAUAGAGAGUUUAACCAUAAGGAGAAGGAGCCUUUUAAGAUAAUAGAGAAGGCUCUAAAGGAAUGGACAGAAUUUGAAGAAGCUAACAAAUGGAAGGAUGCUGGGAAUAGCACUCUGGAAACAGAGGAACAGCAAAGGGCAGAUCAAGAGCAAAUGGAGUGCCAUACUGGACUGCUGUUAAAGAUUCAUACCCACCAAAGUAAAGAUCAACCAACUGUGGGGAUUGGAAUCUCAGCAACAGACUAUAUGGGACAAUUGCAAGCAGUUUGGGCACUAACAGAAAGGACAUCAUGA